AACAAGAUAGUCACAUGAUAUUACUUCCUUCCUGGACGUGUCACGUGACCAAUCCUAAGUGGAGCGUCAACAUGGCGGUGUGCAUAGCUGUCAUCGCAAAGGAGAACUACCCAUUGUACAUCAGAAGCGUUCCUACUCAAAAUGAGCUUAAGUUCCAUUAUACUGUGCACACAUCACUGGAUGUAGUAGAAGAGAAGAUAUCGGCAGUGGGCAAAGCUAUGGCCGACCAGAGAGAGCUUUACCUUGGACUGCUAUAUCCCACGGAGGACUACAAGGUAUAUGGCUAUGUGACCAAUUCAAAGGUGAAGUUUGUCAUUGUGGUAGAUUCUUCAAACACAUCUUUGCGGGAUAAUGAAAUUCGAAGUAUGUUCAGAAAGCUACACAACUCCUUUACUGACGUGAUGUGUAAUCCCUUUUAUAACCCCGGCGAUCCAAUUCAGUCAAAGUCUUUUGAUGGUAUGGUCUCUACGAUGAUGGUUCAAACUAGCUAAGCGUCUGCUGAACAUUUUUGUACAUAUGUUUUUUUUUUUUUCUUCUUAUGCUACAUCAUGUCAAUUAAACUAUUGAAUUGGAAAUAGAA